UCGCGGGCCGCUCUCUCUCUCUCCCGUCUCCCCACCCCGCUGCGGACCCGAUCGGCGGGCGAGGUUCGGAUGGAGAGCGCCAAGCGCAUGCGCGCCGCCAUGAGCAACGAGGAGGACACGACCAGCCAGGGGAGCGCGGGAGGCGGCGUGGCGGCGUCCUCCGGUGUCGUCGCCGUGGCCGUGGCCGCGGCCGCGACGGAGGGGGACGACAUGGCGGUGGUUGCGGCGGACGACCAGAUGGGGUCGGCGGAGACGGAGGACCACAUCCAGCGCAUCCUUGUCGCCAUCGACAACUACACUCGCCAGGUGUCGGAGAUGCUGGAUGCCGGGCGCGCGCUGUUCAAGGACCUCGCCGCCGACUUCGAGGAGCGCCUCUGCUCGAUCCACAGGGAGAGGCUGGAGCGGUGGGAGGAGGAGAUCCGGGAGCUGCGCGCCCGCGACGCCGCCAACGAGCAGGCCCGCGCCCUCCUCCACAACGCCCAGCUGCACCUCCUCCACACCGUUCGCGACUAGCCGGGAGCUCUCUCCUCCAUCGCUUCCCCUGCUUCAGCUCUACUGUUACGUUCUUCCAUUUCCUACUACUACUACUACUAGGCGAGGAUACCGUGUGGAGGUUUUGGUUCAUGUCACUCCAAGUAGCAAGCGCUAGCCUCAACUCUCAACUACUCCACCUGGCUGUUGCACUAGUUCACAACAUGUUUGCAGACUGCCUUUGCUUUACCACGUUUCUGUACUUUCCUGCAAAUCGCUGUUACCCUAUCUGUCUAGUCUAGUUUAAGAUAGAUGUAUGUAUAUAUUCAUGAA